CAUUACACCGCACGACGGGGGUGGCUGCUGCUGCUGUCUGUUGGUGGGGUUUUGGUGUGGAUUUUUUUCCUCUCGCUCUCUGAGCGUGGGUGUUUGAAAGCAUGGUGGAGGCGGAAUGAGAGUGUGCGUGGAGGAAGUCCGCGCGUGGUUCUCCCGGGGCUCACCGCGGUGAGGAUGCGAGUUGCUAGCGGGCUGCCCUGGGCAUCCUGCGGAGGGCCGGGGGCUGCGUUGGGUUUGCUUGGUCCUGCCCCCGAGGGGCAGACCUGGGAGCAGCACUUUCAGCACUCAUGGCAAAGCCAUUAACUCAGCCUGUCUGUGGAGGGGCCCCGAGGAGGACAAACGCAUCGGAAUCCGCGGCGGGUACAACAAGCAGAUAAGCAAUGUGCACUGCCCUGAGCCCGAAGGCACGUGGGCCUGGCCUGUCCGACAUGCAUCAAUAUAGUCAAUGGCUUGCAAGUAGACAUGAGGCCAACUUGCUGCCAAUGAAAGAGGAUUUGGCCCUGUGGCUUACAAACCUGCUGGGUAGAGAAAUAACAGCAGAAACCUUUAUGGAGAAAUUGGAUAAUGGUGCCUUGCUUUGCCGAUUAGCUGAAACCCUGCAGGACAAAUUAAAAGAAAACAGCUUUGAUGCAAACAAGCCUGGCAAAACCUUACCAGUUCGGAAAAUUCCAUGCAAAGCCAAUGCUCCUUCAGGGUCUUUUUUUGCACGGGACAACACAGCAAAUUUCUUAUCCUGGUGCAGAGAUGUAGGUGUGGAUGAUACCUGCCUGUUUGAAUCAGAAGGUUUGGUACUCCACAAGCAGCCAAGAGAAGUGUGCCUUUGUUUGCUGGAACUUGGAAGAAUUGCAGCAAGAUUUGGGGUGGAACCUCCUGGAUUAAUAAAAUUGGAAAAAGAGAUUGAACAAGAGGAAACACUUUCAGCUCCCCUUCCAUCUCCUUCACCAUCACCCACAAAGUCUCCUGGGAAAAAAAGCACAGGAAAACUGUUGGAUGAUGCUGUUAAACAUAUUUCUGAAGAUCCACCGUGUAAAUGCCCUAAUAAGUUCUGUGUGGAACGUCUUUCACAGGGAAGAUACAGAGUUGGAGAGAAGAUCCUUUUUAUUAGGAUGCUGCACAACAAACACGUGAUGGUUCGUGUUGGAGGAGGCUGGGAGACUUUUGCAGGUUACUUACUGAAGCAUGACCCAUGCCGAAUGCUUCAAAUCUCCCGAGCAGAUGGGAAAACUUCUCCAAUCCAGAGCAAGUCUCCAAACCUCAGGGACAUGAAUCCAGACAAUUAUCUGGUUGUUUCUGCCCAUUACAAAACCAAGAAGGAGGUUCAGUGAAAUAAGCUUCUCAUGUGGGUGGGACUUCAUGUAUGUAGGUCCAAAUUAUUCUCCCAAGUGUAGUGAAUUUAGUUAAUGCUUUAAAAGGACUUUGGAAAAUUUAACACAGACUGGAAAUGACACCCCAUUUUGAAGAUCUUUGAAUUUAGAACUAUUUAUUUCUAGUACUGUAUCUUUUAUAGGAAAUUACCCUUGAUACGCUAAUUACUACAAUCAGAUAAUAAAUAGACAUAUAUUUUUAGCCAAAUUAUUACUCUUUAAUAUGUGAAUGUAUACUUAGAGCUACAUAGAGCAGUGGAUCCUGUUAAUGGAAGAAAAUAGACAAUGAAAUAUAUUUGUAUGAAAAUCUUAUUACUCUGAAUCUCUGACUGUUAGGCUAGUGGAAAUAUAUAUAUGCAGGUGGAAAAUGGGUAUUUGGGGAAAUUAUUUGGUAAUGUCCCUUGAAAUUAAAUAAAAAUUUGCUAUUUGUAUGUUUUGCCAUCUUACUAUUUAAAGCUGAAGACAAUACUGAGUGUUCAAUCUAUUUGUAGAUCCUUUCUGUUUUUCACAAAGUUGCCCAAUGUAAAAGCAUGGGAAAGUGGAGAGAUUGCCCCUUCCUCUGUCAGUCAGUGGAGCUGGUUGGUCAUACCAAUGAAGUGAUUUUCUGCAGCCCGUAAGGGAACCAGUAACAGGUGCACAGCCUUCAGACCCAAGGAGGAGCUUCAGAAAAUGCAAAUAUGGAGUCACAAAAUAUGGCACUGCUCUUGGAUAUGACCUUUUCCUUCCCUUUCUUUUUAAUGUUGUUGGUCCUUUUAAACGUGAAAUAUUCAUUACCCUAUAAAUAGAGUGAUUCACAUUCUCAUAAAUCAUUCACACAACUGUAAUAUAGCUAAAGGUUUUUGUGGGCUCAGUUCAUUGUUUUGGCUACUUUUCUAUGUUUGUAUUUGGUAAUUUAUGUGCCUUGUAACAUCCUAUAAAGAUCAUUUUAUAGGAUUGUUUUGAUGACUGUAUGAAUUUAAAAAAUAAAUUUUUUUAGGUACUCAUACAUUUUGGAACUCUUAUUAUUUGUAAUCUCUCAUCUCUACUUUGCUGCUACUCACUGGAUGCUGACAAUACACAACACUGAUUGCUGCCCUAAUAAUGAGCUGCACAAAGGGGCAAACAGAUAACACAGAAAUACCCAAAUUUUAUUGAAAAAUAAUUUUUCUUUGCAGGGAAAAAAAUUCAAAAGCAUCCUUGAAAUAAUUUAAUUUAGUACUGACUAGUAUUUUUCUCCAUUUUCUGAUGUUAAAUUUUAAAAAAAUGGUCCUAUAGUCUGCUCCUGUGGUCCUUAACAGCAAAAUGUCUGUGAGAUAGAAAGCAUCAAAGCCACCUUUCAUGUUCUGUGCCUUAUUAAAAUCAGCAUGUUGUAUCUUACUUCUGUGGAAAAGGCCUACCUCACCAUUUAAAAAUAACUACUGAAUACAGUUCACAAUUGCUCGGUGCAGCAGACAAAGUAGCAGGACAUAAUUCCAAAGUUGCAGCCUUUUGUUCUUAUUUUGAAACACUUUCUACAAAGAUUAAACACAUAUUCAAGCAAUAAAUCUUUUGAAAAGCCAUAGGAAGUCUCAGCUGUCAUAGAAGUUGUCAUAUGUUCUCUAUAAGGGAGCAGAAAACAGACCACAAGGAACAUAAUUUUAGAAAAAAUGUAGCAUAGCUGAAAAAGAAUCAUUAU